CUUCUGUAUUCAGACAUGAUUGGCUGUGUGGAGCUUGCAGGGGCUGGCUUCACUGUAAGGUGAGUGUGCAAGGAAGCAGCUGUGUGGAGGUGUGCAGUCAGAGUGCAGCAGACACAGACCGUGAGGCUUCGCUCAGCCUGAUGAGUUCUCAUCUGUCCUAAGUAAGUAACCACCCCAGAAACAGGCUUGUGGAAUUUGUGCCAGGAUUCCUGCAGGAGGGGUGGAAGCUGCAGCAUCCAGAGAGUGGGCUUCUUUUUCUUUUUUUUAAGAGCUGCAAGUGGGAUCAGUGUACCUGAAACUGAUAUGCCAACUGAAAGCUCUCAUGCCGUGAGAAUGCAUGCCAUCUCGGACUUUCAUUCCUCUUUGACAGUGCGACUUCUUAACAAGGGGCCGGAAUACCUUCGCAGACAGAUGGAGGCAGGCACCCCAAGCAGGAGGAGUGCUGUAGAAAGACUGGCAGCUGACAAGGCCAAGUAUGUAAAAAGUCAGCAGGUAAUCAGCACUAAACAGGAACCUGUCGUUGUGCUUAGCUCAGCCUCAGAGAGCAGUAGUGAGAACUGUUCAGUGGAAAGCAAAAAAAUCACUAAGGACUUGGGUGGAGGGAAAGACACAAAAAACUUGGGCCUGGCUAACGCUGUAUAUUCUUGCUGUCCUCCCCUGGAAAACGUCCCCCCCAUAGCAAGACGCAGCACGCCCAAGAGGCAGAUACGGCCAGAUUCCCUCGUGAUCUACCGCCAGAAAUGUGAGUUUGUGAAAGGGCAAGGCAAUGAGAGUACACGAGGGAGCUUGGUGAGGAGGCUGUUCCAAGGACCCAUAAAAGAAAAGCAACUGGCUUCUCCUGAGAUGCAGACACCCAAAGUAAUAAGAGAAGUCACCACACCAGAAAAUGAAGAAAAUCUCUCUUUACAACAUGCUGCUGAUAAGCUCAAUAACCAUGGGACUGAACAAACCGCUCCGGCAAAAACAGAAGUGCCAGCUGAACAUGACAGAGAGUAUGGGGACACUCCAAAACUGACUGUUGCACCUGAUGAGGUCAAGGAUGUGAGGAGGAAAGGUCUGCAUCGGUCCCAAUCGGACAUCAGCUCUCGGUACUCCAAGUCCUUUUCUGAGUUUGAUACUUUUUUUAAAUACUGCGGCCUUGAGCCUGAGGUCAUUGAGGAUCUGGGGAGAGAGAACUUCUCAGUGGUUUCUGACAAUGUGUCCUUCAGGAUUCGCAGCAUCAGUGUGGCGACAUCUGAAAGUGACUUUACAAGGCACAGUGGGGAUGAUGGGCUGCUGGAGGAAGAACUGACUGAGCAGGUCCCUAGCAGCACCUCAGUGAUAGAGCGCAAUGCUCGGAUAAUCAAAUGGCUGUACACGUGUAAGAAAGCCAAGGAGACUAACAAGGUGCUCCAAGAGCUUGCCUGAAGACUACUCCUUUCGGCAUGCAUUCCAGCCUGGUAAACUCAAGGAUGAAAACAUUCCCAAAAAUGGAGGCUGAGCAAUACAGAUCAUAGGCCAGCAGAUCAGCAGCAAACUUUUUCUACCAUCUGGCUUAUGGUAACUCAUUUUCCUGCCGCCCUCUUCUCUUUUUUCUUCCUCACCAGGCAGACCCGGUCUUUGCCUGAAGCAAAUAUGUGUCCACGAGCACAGUAAGAAGAGGAAAUUAUGAACUGUGCCAAACUGAGAUGGCAGGAAGUAAAAGCUCCUGGAAGAACAGAAGCGAGUACAGCUAAUAAAAUAGCUGGCAAUGUCCAUCAUGAUGCAGGUCACUGCACCAUAAUGUCAUUCUGAACCAUGAUAGAAGAUUGGUGUAUCACAUCUGACUCUAAUGGAUGGUGAAUCUGUCAGCAAGCCUGGGGGAGGAAGAAGCAGGAAUUAAGUGGCAAUGACCUUUGGGUCAAGCAUUUCCUGGCAUAGAGGCUCCACCUGCACUUCCAAAGAAGCUGUGUUAGACUCUUUAAACAUGGCACAUGCUGACAUGAUUUAAACCCUUUUAUUCUGCCUGACUGGUGUCGACCAAACACUAUAAGUUUAUAAACAGGGCUUAACAGACAUUUUGAAUUCUCAUUGUCUUCUAAGGCCUCUCCCUUGAGUGUUAAACCAAAUUAGAAAAUCUGGUGUCCAGGUAGACCAGUGUACAACACAGUAGGGUAGACAGUGGGAAAGAAUAUUUAACACUGUAGUUGGAGAAUAUGGAUAAAUAUCGUUCUGAAACACAGGGAAGAUUCAACUAUGUUAAAAAUUAGACAGUUUGUGCUGGAGUUUAUUGCUCCUGGGCACAGCUUUUACAUUUGUGCCUG